ACUUCUUGGAAUUGAUCGUUGUAGUUAUUACGAUGCAAUAUCAACUACCCAAAAAACCGGCCGAAGCGUUUACGUGUUCAAUGACCAUUUACCCGUCUGUUGUUUUAACCCGGAACAAUUGCACACAAAUGCACAUUAGCCUAUUGCGCAGCGUUUACAAACUGCCUGACAGAAGAGCUAUGGUCCGUCAAAACAGCCAUCUAUUUGCGAUUGUUCUAUGCAAUUAUCCGCUGUAUUACCCGGAGUAAUGAUAUUCCACGCUUCUCUUGCUAAGGAUGCACUUCAUUGAUGACUUACGCGCGCUAUCAAAAUGUUGGCCAGCCACUAGGGAGACCGAGUUCACUGUUAUCGUACCGCAGCAAAUGAUGACGAGCAUGCGUGGUAUAUCAUCAUCAUGCAAGUCAAAAGACUCAAAUUGCAGCACGCAACGUUGUCAUAGCGCUCUCUAAUGUCAGGCGUGGUCGCGAGACAGUUGUGUUGCAGUGCUGGUCGUAACGAGAACCAGGUCACACGGGCGGUAGCUAUAGGUGAAAGAAGAAGACCUGCCUCUUCGAAAAGGGCUUUGAAUCCAGUGAGACCUGUUGAGCGUCGAAAUUUGCCUCUGCUAGGCGCUAACUGGUGAUGUAAUUUCGUAGAUUGUGUGUGACUAUGGUGUGACGAGUGAGUGACAUGGAAAUGCAGCGUUCCAAUGCGGACGAGAGCAAGGUCAGAUCAGGUCAGAUCAAUUGAAUAAAUUUUGAUAUGCAUGUUAUAGCAUACAGUUAUUGGGUUGCAGGGUAAGCGUUUGCGGAUGAUUUUGAUCUCUUACAGGUUUUGUGUACGUUGCCACUUUCGUUUUCAAAUGUUCUAAGCUUUCAUCCAUCAUAAGGAUUGUUAAUUACCAUACCGAGUAAGCUAUACCACCUAAUUUGAAUUACGCGAUAUAGUCGCCUAAUUUAAAACUUAUCAAUAAAAGCUAAUACCAAAUACGUUUGCUCUCAACUCAGGUUGACUUGCGGGAGCACGCUGUUGCCCCGGCGGAAACAGGCGGCACACGACCUAUCGAAAUGCAAACCAUUCAUCCGGGGAUGCGCCGGCCCAGUACCGUGACAUCUCGUCACCACGGAGCCACGCACGGCGCCGGCAACCCGACGUGGGUGGUGACCCCACCGGACCGCGGCGAAUGUCCCCGGGCACACUGUUCUUCGCCGCCGCAUAAACCCUCCGAACUGCGUCCGACACCGAACCCGACGAACGCAGAGGGCGGCCAGGACCCUGCCUACCGUCUCUGCUGGUGUCUUAUCUACGGAAUCCUAUUUGGGACACUUGCCCUCCAGCUCUUCACUGCCGGAUCCAGGUAUCUGGCCGGCUCCAUCACUCAGCACUGGGACAUCGAGCAGCUGGACAAUAUCCCCGUACCGGCCAUCACCGUCUGCCACGGGAACCUCUUCAAGAAGGAGGUGGUGCUUAGCAGCACGGUGAACGGCACCACAUGGGCAGACUGGGUCAGGCACGGACCCAGGCUGCUCCGCUGGGGUGAGGUGGACUACAACUCGUUCUACUGGAACGCCUCCUAUCGCUGGUCAGACAUGGUCGCCUCGUGUCAUGUGAGAAAUACGGUUCUAUUGUCGAACUGCUCGUCGGCUGGCUCAUUUUACGAGACUCCGACCCACCUGAACGGGCUGUGCACCACGUUUGUGUCCAACAGGACCGUCCAAGAGCAGCAUAUCGGCGCCCAGAUCCAGCUUACCCUGAUAGAGGACUCGGCCACAGAGCUGUACGAGCACGCCGGGUGGCGCGUCUUCUUCCACGCGCCCGACGUCCGCUUCACCGACAUCACCAUGUACACCGGACUCAUGGACCAGGUUCUGGUCAGCCCGGGUCGUAUAAUCUGCCUGGACCUGACGCCGGUGCUGGCCUCUCGGCGCAAUGACCGGUGCUCUCCGCGGCCUAAUGCGCUCAGCGAGUACGAGGCGUGCGUGGUGGAGCACAUUCGUAUCGAUAUUAAUGCCACGGACAACGGCCCGUGUCGCCUGCCCUCCUCUGCCGGCCCGGUCAGCAGCUGCCGGUCGUUCCACGACUACCUGAUCGCGCUGGCCAUUCCCGAGGACCUGCUGGACCACCCCGACUUUCUGCUCUGGUCGGCUGCCCAGUCAUGUCGUCCUCCCUGUAACACGCACCACUACCGUACCGACUCCCAGCAGUCUCUGUGGCUGGGCGAGACACAGCACCUGCUCCUCCAGCCGCAGCUGCGCGGACGCACCACGGCCGUGCUGCGACUGCGGCUGGCCGACGCCCGCGAGCGGCUCACCGAACUGGAGGCGUAUCCAUUGGACGCGUUCGUGGCAGAUGUUGGAGGGAAUCUGGGCCUGCUGCUUGGAGGAUCGGUGCUGGCGCUGCUUCAGCUGGCCGAUCAGCUUGGUCGCGCCGCCACGCGCCGGCUCAGGCGGUUCUAGGUCGGCCCGCAGUUUAUUCAUGAUAUUCAAAUGCUAUGGAAGAUCGAUGAGGUUUGACAGCUUCAUGGUAUGACAAAAAUCUGAAUGACUGGACACUUGUAAAUAAACCAGCUUAUUCAAAAGAUGAAUAUAUUACAAACAGGACCUAUGUAAAUAAAUU